GCACGCGCAGGCCGGGCCCGGCCGGCCUCUCUCCUCUCAGCCGCAGCGUCGUCGGCCAUGGCGGCGGCGGCGGCCUCGCAACGGGACCCUGCCGGGGACUGGCAGGACUUCUCGGGCUUCCAGCCCCCGGCCGAGGAGAGCGGCUGCACGGAGGCCCCGGCGGCGUGUCGGGAAGGCGGCUCUUGGGGCGACGGCGGAGGAGGCAACGACCUGGCGGCCCAGCUGCCGCUCUGCUUCCAGGCGCCGCCGCCGAGCUGCGCCGAAGGGGAAGCGCGGGUCCCGCCGCGGCCUCUCAGCGACCAGAACGCGCUGCACGAAGACGAGAUUUGGAAUGCUCUGACAGAUAAUUAUGGUAAUGUAAUGCCAGUUGACUGGAAGUCUUCACACACCAGAGCACUGCAUUUGCCAACACUGAAUCUUUCUGAAAAGGGAGUUAAUGACAACAUGAACCUUGACUUAUCAGAUGACGAAGAGCUGAGAGAGCAACUAGACAUGCAUUCUAUUAUAGUUUCCUGCAUUAAUGAAGAACCGCUCUUCACAGCUGAGCAGGUGAUUGAAGAAAUAGAGGAAAUGAUGCAGGAAUCUCCAGAUCCAGAUGAUGAAGAAACACCAACCCAGUCAGACCGCCUGUCCUUACUGUCCCAGGAAAUUCAAACGCUUAAGAGAUCUAGUACAAACCACAAUUAUGAAGAACGUGUGAAAAAUCUAUCUGUGACAGAAUUAAAUGAUCUGUUAGAAGAGAUUGAGACCGCCAUCAAGGACUACUCUGAGGAGCUAGUACAGCAGUUGGCACUACGAGAUGAGCUGGAAUUUGAGAAGGAAGUAAAGAACAGCUUCAUCUCUGUCCUUAUUGAAGUACAAAACAAACAAAGAGAACAGAAGGAAAUGGCCAAGAAGAAAAAGAAACUGAAAAAUGGCAGUCCUCAGAAUGGCAAGCAAGAGAGGGGUCAUAUGCCUGGAACACGGUUCAGCAUGGAAGGGAUCUCAAAUGUUAUUCAGAAUGGCUUCCGUCAAACGUUUGGAAACUCAGGUGGAGAAAAACAGUACCUGACAACUGUUAUUCCUUAUGAGAAGAAAAGUGGACCUCCAUCAGUUGAAGAUCUCCAAACAUUAACAAAAAUUCUUCAUGCCAUGAAAGAAGACAGUGAGAAAGUGCCAAGCUUAUUAACAGACUACAUUUUGAAGGCAUUGGUUUGAAAGCUGGAUUGCUCUGAGUUUUGUGCCCUACAUGAAGAGAGCUGUGUUUGGUGCAAGGCGGCCAGGCUAAUUCCUGUGACAAAGGUUGUUCAAAGCCUUUCAGUUUGGCCCUGUGUUCUCAUGUAUUUACUAUUUUCAUUGCCUGCUUGGACUCUUGAAUCCUGGAGUGAGUUCUCCAGAGUAUGUAGAAUUCAUCCAUUAUUCUUUUUGUGAUGUAUUUGAGCAGAGAACAAAUGCUGUACAGUUUUAUCCACAUGCAUUGUUUUGGCUUUUUAAACAGUAUUUUUACAAACACACGGCAUGUAAUUAUCCUCCACAACAAUCUGAGUCUGUGGAAGAACAAGAAACUUUAGUGUAAAUAAAAACCUAUUACAUUGAAUGGAACUUUAAUAGUAACUGCAAUAGGUUAUUGCAUUAAAUGUGUAAAAUGGCUCAAAAGCUGAACCUGCACUGCAAAAAUUCGACUUAAGUUCUUCAUUGGAGACUCUAGAAUAGUGAUAUGAGAACUAGCACUGAACUUUUUU